UGUGAAUUCACGCAGCAAGUUUGAGUACCGUCUACCCAGUGUCUUAUAAAAAAUGCGGUCGUCUUUUUUUAUUUUUCUUUGCAACGUCAUUGAUAAUUCGAAGUUAACGAAUAAGAAGAUCUUGAUUCUUGGUGAUUUCGCGAACCUUCUUCACCGAAUAAGUAAGCCGAUUGUUAAGAUAAAUUCUCUCAUAAUUUCAUCAGCGUACGAAUUCAACAUCCAGUACAUGACACACACAGGCCGAUAAGACAGUCUGCCCCUUUAAAACUUUCAAUCGCUAUCUUACUUUUACGCUUAAAUGAGCUCUAUUUUGUAAGGGACAAUAUAAAUUGACGCGUGAUUGGCGAUUUUUAAUUGAAAGGCCUCGACUUAUAAGCUCAUUUACGAAAGCUCGAUGCGAAAAGAUAAAACAGUCCAUCAGUCAGAAUGCAAGUUGUUGCAUGCCAAGUGUAAAACGAGCUCAUAUCCACAUACGUACACGCGACUCGUCACGUCACACGGAGCACAUAUAUUCUCGAUCUCGCCAAAUGCUUGCAUGUGUCCCGCGAGAAAGUCGCGAGCGAACGAACAGUGUGCAUGAGAGUAAGAAAGCACGCACUAUAGGAAGGCUUACAUAUAUAUAGGUACAUAGCAUAGCUGUAAGCUUCGAGCGCGCGAGGUUUUUCUCGUGGUGUGUCCGUGUGCGGUGUAUUAUAGAUAUAUACUCACUGCUCGGGGAGGAGUAUGCUAUGCUAUAGUUCUACUAAGCGCGCGCGCCAGUAACGUGCUGCUCGCUGCUAGUUCGGGGUGUCGGUGUGUGCUGUGUGUGCGCGCGGCGACGACUUGCAAAGUGUUUAGGCACGAGAAAGCAACGCUCGAAGGAAUGGGGCCGUGGCUGCCCGCAAGGACGCUCCCGAGGGUAGCAUAACCUUCCAGCCGCGGAGUUGAGUUUGUCGGCAAGUUGUCGCAGCUAAGAAGUAAGCACGAGCGAGAGAGCGAGAGCGCAGCCAGGCAGCAAUGGACGCGGCCAUGUUUCCUCGCAGCAGAAAUCAUUGCUAGCGGCGGCUCUCCCUCCCUGACAGACGAGAGAGCAAAGUGCAGGAACGGCAGUUCUGCCGGAGGAACGACAAACAUACCGCUCUGAAGAGAUAACGAAGCCGUCAGGAUGCCCAAAUGCGACGCGAAGACCAAGUACCUCCCGGCCACCUUCGCCUGGGCACUUUUACUUAGCACCACCACCUGCUUCUUUUACUUCCCUUGUCAAUAUUAUGUUUCUCGAUAUCCAUGGGUGCCUGCACUUCAAGGGGUUAUCACGUUUUUUGUGCUGGCAAAUUUCACUUUAGCCACUUUUAUGGAUCCAGGAGUCAUACCAAAAGCUCCACCAGAUGAAGACAGAGAUGAUGAUUACAGAGCACCAUUGUACAAAAAUGUUGAAAUUAAUGGCAUCACAGUACGCAUGAAGUGGUGUGUUACAUGCAAAUUUUAUCGACCACCAAGAUGUUCCCAUUGCAGUGUUUGCAAUCAUUGUAUAGAGACUUUUGACCAUCACUGUCCAUGGGUAAACAAUUGUAUUGGUAGAAGAAAUUACCGUUUCUUUUUCUUUUUUCUUCUAUCACUGAGCAUGCACAUGCUCAGUAUAUUUGGCUUGUGCCUGUACUUUGUUUUGGAGCAUAAACAAAAACUUGGCGAGGUGCCAACUAUUGUAUCUAUGGUACUCAUGGGAAUAGUGGCGAUUCUUUUCAUUCCAAUUUUUGGAUUAACAGGUUUUCAUAUAGUGUUGGUCUCGCGGGGUCGCACGACGAACGAGCAAGUAACUGGAAAGUUCAAUGGCGGCUAUAAUCCUUUCUCGAGAGGUUGCAUACAUAAUUGUUGUUAUACACAAUUCGGACCACAAUAUCCGAGCUUAAUCAAGCCUGAAAAGUAUUCAGGAAAACGACGCGGAGCAUGCACGUCUGAAAUCUCAACGAUAGACAGCGAGAACCAGGUAAAAACCUACAUGGAUAGCAGCAAUGGUGUUAGAAAUGCCAGUUCAAAUGCUUAUAAUAAGCUAUCGCCAGGCAGAGACGGCUCCGACACAGACAUGGAGCCAACAGCUUCGCAAUCAGCCGACUGCGAGCCGACUCCGCCGUUGCAAAGACACGGCUCGAAAAACAAUUUCUACCUUCCACCUGUGGAGAACAACGAGUCUCCGAGGCAUCCAACCCAGCAUCGCCACCCCAUACAUUAUCCUCGUGGCAGUCCACAUCCUAAGCCAAGAGGUAUAAACGGAUCAAGAAGUCAUACUCCGGAUCCACUCGGAGAUUCGAGUAAUUCGCCGGCCACGCGUCAAGGCGGCGCAAGUCCGACGAUGUCGCAGCGGAUCAAGGCUAUAGGUGUACCUACGCCACUUGCCAUUUCCAGUCCCAUCCGCAGGUCGAACCCGAGCACUCCGACGCAGACACGUCGCCCGGACUUUAUUGGUGUGUCCGAUCUUCAAUCGCAACAGCAGCAGCAGCAGCAGCAACAGCAACAGCAGCAACAGCAACAGCAGCAGCCGCAGCCACAGCAGCAGCAACAGCAACAACAAAAGUACUACGAUGCUCAGCAGCAGCAGCAAAAUCGAGGCUACAGUCCGCAGCGGCGUUUCCUGUCCGAGAGCGAGCUCGUGCGCCAGGCCAAUGAACACCCUUACGCCAGAACGAACAACACCGUCGACAAUAUCCGAGAGCUGGCUGGCUCACCGCAGAGGGGCAUCUACACGUGGAAGGACAACUCGCCCAGUAAUGUCUAUCCGCCUAGUGUCCCACAUCCGGCCAUUCAUCAGCAUCAGGCUGGCCCCGGAGCACAACGUCCGCCUCUGCCGUACGACUACUACCGCUCGAACCCAACGUCGCCGACACAGCAGCCUUACACGGCGGCGCCGCGCGCCGCCUACCACCCGGUCCUCCGCGGCGGAGUGCCGGUGUUCCCGCCGCACGCUUCGCCGCAAGUCAAGCGCAAGGCAAGCAUGGUCACACCGAGCACACCCACGUCUGUGGCGGCUGCGGCGGCGGCGGCGGCGGCGGUGAACAGCGCCGUGCAGGCGGGCGAGAACAGGCGGCGGCCGAUGUCCUUCGUGCGCGCUCUCGAGAUGACCGACUCCCUCGAGAUGGUCGCCCCGCAGGCGACCGCGGUGAACGCUCAAGGCCAACAGCUGGCGGCGCAAAGCGAGGCCAGCAACGCUACCCCGACGCCCGACCGCGCCAGCGUCUACGACAUGAACUACGAGAUAUCCGUAUAGCGCAGCUGUUACGUCUCCCCGCCGACAUGCGGCUGGAGGCAGAUUAGCCGGAACUCGCCCAGCCUCUUCAACCCCAAGGACGGCGUCAAGGCCUGCGCUAAGAAGACCGCCGCUAAGGCCCACAACUGCCAGGUCUCCGUCUGAGCAUGCACACGCACACGCGCGCACGCACACAUACACACAUACACACGCGUAGAAUACUACGGAUCGCGUUUUCUUCCGUUUCGGUUUUCUGGUGUAUGUGUGUGUACAGCGUUCGCUCAUGAUUGUGCUGCUUCGUCGUCGUGCACCAAAUCGUUUCCAUUGUACAUACACACCUGUCGUCGAGUUUAGUAGUUCGCUGCUGUCGCUGCUGGGUGCGACGAUCAAAAGAGAGACUUUAUUUAAAGCACCGAUGAUGUGCAACAGAGACAAGGACAUUUCAAUAGCAUGCGUGUGGUAGCUGGUGAUUAGAGACUGAAGUACAUUUUUUGAUAAAACACAACAGAUACAGUUAUUAUACACGCGCAUGCGCGAGACAAAAACGUGGGUGCGCCACACAGAUACAUACAUACUCUCCGUACCAAUGACAGGCAUUAACUGUUGUGCCCUCCCGAUUUUGUUUUUAUAUAGCGGAUUGACGUAAAUGUUAAGGUCAGUUUAGAUUUUUAUACGGUGUUGUUACUGAAACCUCGUUUUUCUAAUUACUCGCUCCCAUCAAUCUCCUUUAUUUCUUUUGUCUCUCAUUUUUUUAACUGUUCAAGAAUGAACGGACGGGCAACGUAAAAGAUAAAAAUUUAUGUAUAGAUUGAAGCGUUUGCAGUAUACAACUUAUAACAUGCAUCACAUCAGAUAAAAAGUGAUCAAGCCUAACGUUAAGCGCGUAAUGUUAAUUCAAGAGAAAAAGUCUUCUAGAAGUUUUCGAUAUUCGCACGAUUUUUCUCUCUAAUUAUUUAUUUAUUAUUUUAGAUGUUUUCUAAGAACCAAAAAAAAAGUGAUAUACUUAUUACUUUUACCUCUACUAACGAUGGGUUUUCUUUUACAACACGUUUACUGAUCUAGAUCAGUCGGGAUACAAAUGUGUACGGAUUUAUGAGAAAAUCAACAAAUCUAAAUUUUUAGAAGAGGACAAAUGGUAGUAGUUAUCAUUAUUGUUAUAAAUUGUAUAAUGUAUACUGUUUAUAUCCACUUGGAUAAUACGAUCGACGGAGAUUUAUGAUUGAUUCAUUUGGAUUUUGUCAUCGUUUUUCUACGUAAUCAUCCAAAACAAAUUGCAUGUAUGCGUGAAAAAAAUAAUACAAAGAAAAUGAAAAAAAUGUCUGAUGUCCAUUAACAAAGUUACUUAAUCGAGAUAAGUCCUCAUGAAGCUAGAUAAACGAAAUAAACGAAAAAUGUAUAUAAAAAUCAUAUUUGUGGAUUGUGUAGUAAAUUUUUAAUAUUCAGUAAUCUAUUUAAUGAAAAAAAGUACUAUUUAUACGUAAAAAAGCGUGGCGAGUCAAUGAAUUUUCUCGCGUGGUUUUGCCUGUUUUGGUCAUGUGUAUAAUGGUUGUUGAUUUGAUUGGUGUGUCCUUCAAAAAUUAUCAUGAUAAUCUUCACGAAUGUGCACGUGUGUGCGUGAAUGCAUGGAUGUCAGGCAAAAGAGGAAGACUUUAGCCAUACGAAAGUACACAAUUAUAUGACUGCCUUGUAAGUUUUGCUCGACUGGCAGCCUGUUAUGAAACAUUACAAUUUUCUGUUGAAAGGAGAAUAAGGAAUUUGUAAUAUAAACAUUAUACAUAUUAUCUAUAAAUUGCAUACUCUAAAACUAUCUAUACGCGGAUAUUAAGAUCGCAAUCAUGAAUUUCCAGUUUUUUAUGUGUAAAAUAAUGAAAAACAACUACUUUCACGAACAAUCGAAGCUUCCGAGAUUCCGUAGGUUCUACUGAAAGGAAAAGACCAAAUCAUUAUCAUGAUAGCACUUGUUUAAAUUAUACAUAGUGUACCGUGCCAAACAAAUUACACAAGGUCGUUUACAAUUUUACAUGUUUACAUGAUAAAUCCAUAUUUUCUCCAUCAGUGUACUGAGUCUUACAAAAUUGAUAUUUGAAAGCCUGAGACAAAGUCUCAGUAAUAAAGAUCGCGAAAGAAAAGUAAUAAAAGAAGUAAUUAAUGGCAACAUAAACAAGUUGUACAAGAUGCGACGAACGUUUUAGUGUUUGUGAUUGGUGUACUUGUACAUAAUGUUCGUUAUUGCUAAACUUUCAAUGUAAAUACGUAUAUAUUUCGGUACUUUGCGUAUCGCCACUAUUCUAUGAGAAAAAUAAAAACGACGUGGAAUUACGUUCGAUUUUCUUUGUUUGAUCAUUUACAGUAUAUUUAAAAAAGUGCUUCGAUAUAUUGUACAAAAGAUAAUAUAAUUUUUUGUAUGAUUAUAUAUUCUAUGGUAGCUACGCCAGAAAUUUAACUACAUGAUUACGCAAUUAUUGUUUAUUUUUUUUAAUUGCGAGUGACGAAGUUUCACAUUUUUGGUUUCGUGUGAUUUUUUUUACUAAAGAAAAAACACAAUGUAUAGUAAGAAAUGCCGUGUUUUAUUUAAUGAACAUAUUCUUAAAUAUGAUAAUAAAUUUGUUUUUU